AUGAGCGUCGGCACCGGCCACUGUCCGGCCCGCGAUGCCGCCCCCCGGGAGGCGGCGGCGCGACGGCCUGCGCGCCGCCCCCGCUCCGUCCGCGACCUAGCCGCGAGCCGCGGCGACCUAGCCCCUGGCCGCGGCGACCUAGCCCCGAGCCGCGGCGACCUAGCCUCUAGCCGUGGCGACCUAGCCCCGGGCCGCGGCGACCUAGCCUCUAGCCGCGGCGACCUAGCCCCGGGCCGCGGCGACCUAGCCCCGGGCCGCGGCGACCUAGCCUCUAGCCGCGGCGACCUAGCCCCUGGCCGCGGCGACCUAGCCCCGGGCCGCGGCGACCUAGCCCCUGGCCGCGGCGACCUAGCCCCGGGCCGCCGCGACCUAGCCUCUAGCCGUGGCGACCUAGCCCCGGGCCGCGGCGACCUAGCCUCUAGCCGCGGCGACCUAACCCCGGGCCGCGGCGACCUAGCUCCGGGCCGCGGCGACCUAGCCCCGGGGCGCGGCGACCUAGCCCCUGGCCGCGGCGACCUAGCCCCGGGCCGCGGCGACCUAGCCUCUAGCCGUGGCGACCUAGCCCCGGGCCGCGGCGACCUAGCCUCUAGCCGCGGCGACCUAGCCCCGGGCCGCGGCGACCUAGCUCCGGGCCGCGGCGACCUAGCCUCUAGCCGUGGCGACCUAGCCCCUGGCCGCGGCGACCUAGCCCCGGGCCGCGGCGACCUAGCCUCUAGCCGUGGCGACCUAGCCCCGGGCCGCGGCGACCUAGCCUCUAGCCGCGGCGACCUAGCCCCGGGCCGCGGCGACCUAGCUCCGGGGCGCGGCGACGUAGCUCCGGGCCGCGGCGACGUAGCUCCGGGCCGCGGCGACCUAGCCCCGGGCCGCGGCGACCUAGCUCCGGGCCGCGGCGACCUAGCUCCGGGCCGCGGCGACGUAGCUCCGGGCCGCGGCGACCUAGCCCCGGGCCGCGGCGACCUAGCUCCGGGCCGCGGCGACCUAGCUCCGGGCCGCGGCGACCUAGCUCCGGGCCGCGGCGACGUAGCUCCGGGCCGCGGCGACGUAGCUCCGGGCCGCGGCGACGUAGCUCCGGGCCGCGGCGACGUAGCUCCGGGCCGCGGCGACGUAGCCCCGGGCCGCGGCGACCUAGCUCCGGGCCGCGGCGACGUAGCUCCGGGCCGCGGCGACCUAGCCCCGGGCCGCGGCGACCUAGCUCCGGGCCGCGGCGACGUAGCUCCGGGCCGCGGCGACCUAGUCCCGUGCCGCGGCGACCUAGCUCCGGGCCGCGGCGACGUAGCCCCGGGCCGCGGCGACCUAGCUCCGGGCCGCGGCGACCUAGCUCCGGGCCGCGGCGACGUAGCUCCGGGCCGCGGCGACGUAGCUCCGGGCCGCGGCGACCUAGCCCCGGGCCGCGGCGACCUAGCUCCGGGCCGCGGCGACCUAGCUCCGGGCCGCGGCGACCUAGCUCCGGGCCGCGGCGACGUAGCUCCGGGCCGCGGCGACGUAGCUCCGGGCCGCGGCGACGUAGCUCCGGGCCGCGGCGACGUAGCCCCGGGCCGCGGCGACCUAGCUCCGGGCCGCGGCGACGUAGCUCCGGGCCGCGGCGACCUAGCCCCGGGCCGCGGCGACCUAGCUCCGGGCCGCGGCGACGUAGCUCCGGGCCGCGGCGACCUAGCCCCGUGCCGCGGCGACCUAGUUCCGGGCCGCGGCGACGUAGCCCCGGGCCGCGGCGACCUAGCUCCGGGCCGCGGCGACCUAGCUCCGGGCCGCGGCGACGUAGCUCCGGUCCGCGGCGACGUAGCUCCGGGCCGCGGCGACGUAGCCCCGGGCCGCGGCGACACUUUGCACCUGCUGGCCGCUCGUUCCAACGCGCGCCUGGGGAAAGGAUCGCCUUUCGAGUGGCGCGCGCUGCUAGCGGGCAUCUGGGACGGAGAGAAGGGUCUGCGGUCCUCGAUGGUGGGGGUGUUGAAGUCGGGGGAGGGGGAUGGGAUCGCGAAGGGGUGGUGGAGCCCAGGGCCUCGGCGCUUCAAGCCACCCGGGUCCCCCCGGCGAGCAGACACACGUCUGGCGCGACAGGAGAUCGCGCAGGCCACUCACACGAACCCAGAGAUUACCAGCACGUCGCUCCUGCAGUAG